AUUAUUUGCUUAGAGAAGACUUCAUCUUUUAAAAUAUAGUUACAAACUCUGAAUAGUUGUGUCAUACUUUUUGUAUGAUAUUCACCAAUCAAAAUGCUAGAUCUUAUUUAAUUUUUAAAAUCUGUUCAUAUUUUUUUAUAAACAGAGGUAUAUAGGCUAGGUUAGGUUUUUCUAAUGGCGACUACUAGUAAAACGUAUAGGUAAACAUUGAAUUAUGUAUACUUUGUAAAACAGAACGUAUUUUUUGCGUGAUAACAUGACCGAGACUUUAGAGAAUAUUAACCCUAAAUUAUAUAAGAAAAUAAAUGAUAGACAAGUUACUGCACAGGAUGAGGAUGAAGAUGUUGAAGAUGAAUUUGAUGAACGCGAGAUUUUCGAUCUCAUUAGGAAUAUAAAUGAUCCUGAGCAUCCCUUAACUUUGGAAGAACUAAAUGUAGUGGAGCAAGGUCUCAUUGAGUUAGAUAAUAAAGCAAACAAAGUUCAUGUAAAGUUUACACCAACAAUACCGCAUUGCAGUAUGGCAACGUUAAUUGGUUUGUCAAUUCGGGUACAACUUCUGAGAGUUUUGCCAUCUAGAUUUAAAGUUAGUGUAGAGAUUACACCAGGUACGCACUUGUCAGAAGCGGCAGUAAAUAAACAGUUGGCUGACAAGGAAAGAGUAGCUGCUGCUCUUGAAAAUACUCAUUUGCUUGAAGUAAUUAAUCAGUGUAUAGGAAUUAAGUGCCAGUAAUAAUGUAAUGUAUAUAUGUAUAUUUAGUUAAUUAACCCAAUACUUAUUGUCGAUAUUCUUUUGAAGUCAACCUGAUAUUGGAGAUGAUAAUUUCUAUUAUAUAUUGUUUAAAAUACAAUACCCUUUUGUAAUGAAAAUACUUAUAUUAUAAAUUUUAUUUUUGUUCAAUUAAAUGGACGACUGUUCUAUGAUCAUAACAAUUUGGUUUCUGUAAACUUUUUUAUUGUGUCAGCAUUUUUAGUGUUUAUGUACAAAUGACUGCAAGAUUAAACUUCCAUCUAAGAGGUUUCAUGGUAUAUUCUGUAUGAGGAUAUCAAUUAAAAGUUUUUGUUGCAGA